CCCGCUCUCGUCAUCACCGAGGUGGAGAAGAGCAUGCGUGAGGCUCCGGUGCCGGUCAGUGGGCAGAGCGCACAUCGCCCACAGUCCCCGAGACGUUGGGGGGAGGGGUCGGCAAUUGAACCGGUGCCUAGAGAAGGUGGCGCGGGGUAAACUGGGAAAGUGAUGUCGUGUACUGGCUCCGCCUUUUUCCCGAGGGUGGGGGAGAACCGUAUAUAAGUGCAGUAGUCGCCCUGAACGUUCUUUUUCGCAACGGGUUUGCCGCCAGAACACAGGUGUCGUGAAAACUACCCCUAAAAGCCAAAAUGGGAAAGGAAAAGACUCAUAUCAACAUUGUCGUCAUUGGACAUGUAGAUUCGGGCAAGUCCACCACUACUGGCCAUCUGAUCUAUAAAUGCGGUGGCAUCGACAAAAGAACCAUUGAAAAAUUUGAGAAGGAGGCUGCUGAGAUGGGAAAGGGCUCCUUCAAGUAUGCCUGGGUCUUGGAUAAACUGAAAGCUGAGCGUGAACGUGGUAUCACCAUUGAUAUCUCCUUGUGGAAAUUUGAGACCAGCAAGUACUAUGUGACUAUCAUUGAUGCCCCAGGACACAGAGACUUCAUCAAAAACAUGAUUACAGGGACAUCCCAGGUUGGUGGGAUUAAUAAUCAUAGUUUUCUUGACCCCAAAAGGCCUGUUUUGUACACUGGUUUUGUCCUUUGGAGAGUUGACAGGGAUAUGUCUUUGCUUUCCUUAAAGGCUGACUGUGCUGUCCUGAUUGUUGCUGCUGGUGUUGGUGAAUUUGAAGCUGGUAUCUCCAAGAAUGGGCAGACCCGAGAGCAUGCCCUUCUGGCUUACACACUGGGUGUGAAACAACUAAUUGUUGGUGUUAACAAAAUGGAUUCCACUGAGCCACCUUACAGCCAGAAGAGAUAUGAGGAAAUUGUUAAGGAAGUCAGCACUUACAUUAAGAAAAUUGGCUACAACCCCGACACAGUAGCAUUUGUGCCAAUUUCUGGUUGGAAUGGUGACAACAUGCUGGAGCCAAGUGCUAACAUGCCUUGGUUCAAGGGGUGGAAAGUCACCCGUAAGGAUGGCAAUGCCAGUGGAACCACGCUGCUUGAGGCUCUGGACUGCAUCCUACCACCAACUCGUCCAACUGACAAGCCCUUGCGCCUGCCUCUCCAGGAUGUCUACAAAAUUGGUGGUAUUGGUACCGUUCCUGUUGGCCGAGUGGAGACUGGUGUUCUCAAACCUGGUAUGGUGGUCACCUUUGCUCCAGUCAACGUUACAACAGAAGUAAAAUCUGUCGAAAUGCACCAUGAAGCUUUGAGUGAAGCUCUUCCUGGGGACAAUGUGGGCUUCAAUGUCAAGAAUGUGUCUGUCAAGGAUGUUCGUCGUGGCAACGUUGCUGGUGACAGCAAAAAUGACCCACCGAUGGAAGCAGCUGGCUUCACUGCUCAGGUGAUUAUCCUGAACCAUCCAGGGCAAAUAAGCGCUGGCUAUGCCCCUGUAUUGGAUUGCCACACGGCUCACAUUGCAUGCAAGUUUGCUGAGCUGAAGGAAAAGAUUGAUCGCCGUUCUGGUAAAAAGCUGGAAGAUGGCCCUAAAUUCUUGAAGUCUGGUGAUGCUGCCAUUGUUGAUAUGGUUCCUGGCAAGCCCAUGUGUGUUGAGAGCUUCUCAGACUAUCCACCUUUGGGUCGCUUUGCUGUUCGUGAUAUGAGACAGACAGUUGCAGUGGGUGUCAUCAAAGCAGUGGACAAGAAGGCUGCUGGAGCUGGCAAGGUCACCAAGUCUGCCCAGAAAGCUCAGAAGGCUAAAUGAAUAUUAUCCCUAAUACCUGCCACCCCACUCCUAAUCAGUGGUGGAAGAACGGUCUCAGAACUAUUUGUUUCAAUUGGCCAUUUAAGUUUAGUAGUAAAAGACUGGUUAAUGAUAACAAUGCAUCGUAAAACCUUCAGAAGGAAAGGAGAAUGUUUGUGGACCACUUUGGUUUUCUUUUUUGCGUGUGGCAGUUUUAAGUUAUUAGUUUUUAAAAUCAGUACUUUUUAAUGGAAACAACUUGACCAAAAAUUUGUCACAGAAUUUUGAGACCCAUUAAAAAAGUUUAAUGAGAAA